GCGCGCGCACACACACACAAGCACCAGAAAGUGACUUGUGUGUGCAGGGAGACCGGACAGCGCCUAGACGUGUAGACGGGAGCGCAAGCUGUAAUGAUCUCGAGAUUUUUCUUUUGAGCGCGUGCCCACCGAUUAAAGCGCGCUCUCUCUCUCUUUCUCUCUCUCUCUGUUCUCAGAAAACAAACAAACAUCAACAUCAACACGAACACUAACGCAUGCGGUCUGUGUGACUCCGCAAAGGAAUAAGAAGUUCUGGGUUUUUUUCUGGGCGGCAGUACGGUUUCCCCUGGAGUGUGAAUGUGUGAGCGCAGUCCUCCUGCGAUACAACCCCAUGCUAGUGGUAACGUAACCAUGGUGGGCAUCGGCAUCAAGCUGGAGGAGGCAUCCGGAGACGGAGGCGGAGUCAGGGAGUCGCAGCGGUCCUCUCCAUCGUGCGAUUGGUCAUUGCAGCCGCCGGGGGAUCCAGAGAAGUUGGCAUCUCGCAGCACUCGGUCUCCUUUGGCCAGUUCACCCAGCAAAGAUCAAGCACACAGUGUCAGUCCCAGCAGCCAGGACGUGCUGAACAGACCCAACAGCAGAACCCAGCCGAAUGUCAGCGAGGUGCUGCCCACCAUCGAGAAAAUCCUGAACUCAGACUGGAGGGAGAAGAUCCAAGGCACUGCUAAUGUGAAAGGCACUCCAGAAAGCCUGGCUGAGAAGGAGCUUCACCUGUUGCUGAUGAUUAACCAGCUGUCUGCUCUGAGGGAGCAGUUGUUAGGAGCGCACUCUGAGCAGAGGAACAUGGCUGCCUUGCUCCUGGAGAAACAGCAGCAGCAGAUGGAGCUGGCUCGACAGCAGCAGGAGCAGAUUGCUAAACAGCAGCAGCAGCUGAUCCAACAGCAGCACAAGAUCAACCUCCUGCAGCAGCAGAUCCAGCAGGUGAACCUGCCCUACGUGAUGAUUCCGGCUUUCCACCCGAACACGCAGCCGCUGCCCGUGUCCUCUGAUACGCAGAUGGGGCUCCCGCUUCAGCCCAUUCCCUGCAAGCCAGAUAUUUCUUUUCAUUUUUUAGUGGAAUAUCCCAUGCAGCUCCUCCCAAACCCUCACUCCAACCCUCUGAAAAGAUCCAGUGGUACAGUCUUUCGUCAGGAGAGCAGUCAGCCGUUGAACCUCACAGCCAAACCGAAGAGCCCCCAGAGUCUGGAUCUUCCCUCUUCACACCUGCAGUCCACCUACAGGAGCAGAGAUGUCCAGCACAGCCCGCCUCGGCCUGCGCUUAGCCUGGGCUUCUUGGGAGAGGGCGAUCUCGUGAGCCAAACUAUCCACGAAGCCCAGCAGCUGUUGCGAGGAGGCCAAGGUCCAGCGAGCCGAGAGAGAGACGGCAGCACGAGGCUGAACGAUUACAAGGACGCGUCCAGAGCCGAGCGCAUGCUCCACUCGGACCGGGCCGAGGACAGACAGUCCGUACGGACGAACGACGAGCAUCUCAGCAGCGACUCUGAAGGGCAGAUCGUCUCUGGAGUCGGAGGCUACAGCGACAGCCGGAGCUCCUCUUCCGGUCACAUCAAGAGACCCAUGAAUGCCUUCAUGGUGUGGGCGAAGGACGAGCGCCGGCGCAUCCUGCAAGCCUUUCCUGAUAUGCAUAACUCGAGCAUCAGCAAGAUCCUGGGCUCACGCUGGAAGUCCAUGUCCAACCAGGAGAAGCAGCCGUACUAUGAGGAGCAGGCCAGGCUGAGCAGACAGCACCUGGAGCGCUACCCAGACUACAAGUACAAGCCCCGGCCGAAGCGUACCUGCAUCGUAGAGGGCAGACGGCUGCGCGUAGGCGAGUACAAAGCCAUGAUGAAGAGCCGCAGACAGGAGCAGCGGGCCUCGUACCCACCCAGCCAAUCAGAUCAGCAGCUGCAUUACUCCACGGCCGACGCUCCGUACUCCACCAAACCCAUGUCCAUGACCCUGCCUCUGCACCCUUCCCUUCUGGAGCACUACCUCCCUCGUUCCCUCGAUCCACCCCAAGCCCCACGUGGCCCGGCGGAGGAGGACGGGCCUCGUUCCAAACCGCAGUACAGCGAGGGAGAAGAGAGUGACGGAGGAGAGCGCAGCGAGGGCGAGCUGGUGGUCCUCACUGACUGAGAUGAGGGAGCAGGGUGCUGUGAGGUGAAACUUCCAGGGGGCGAGGUGCUUUCACACGUCACCCAGGAGAGAGAGAAUCUUUGCUUUUUUUUUGUUAGACUACUUUUCACGCCAGCGACGAUGACAAAGUUUAAAAGACGGAUUAUUUUAAUAAAAAUGCUCGGUAUUGAAAAAUAAUAAUAAUAAUAAUAAUAAAUGUAUUUUGAAAGUCUUUCAGUGCUGCUGAUGGUCAGAGUGCUGCACUUUUGUUCUUUCACUGAAAAGGGCUUUAAAAUGCAGAAGACAUCAGGAAGAAGAAGACACACGCACACACACGUGCAGCAGAUAAACACUGGGCUUAAACGUCUAGCUGAGGCUAAAAAGAAUCGUUAAUACGUUUACUAUUUACCCCAAUCAAUGUCUAACGCUUACUUUAGCUUUGCACUUGGACUCUCGGAUUAACGGAAACGUGUGCGGAAUUCUCGGUAGACUGUUCUCCGAUUUUUGGCCAAACGAUUCAUUUAGUUUGAAGCUGAAAUCAAUCAAUAAGUUUACAUUAUAUAUAUAACAAUCGAUUUAAAGGUAGAAUUUACCUCGAACGCAGCUGAUCACCUAUGAUGUGUUUCAGGUUUAGUUUUGCACUGGAGCUACAAAGCUAAAAUCGUAGAGACUAAUCAUGACGUUUUUAGAAUUUAUGUUAACUUCUAUUAUAAGCGAAGAGCUGGACGUCCAUCCGGCUAACACGUCCGGCGUCCGGCCUGACUGAGGUCUUAAUCUGCAUUACGAGAUGUGUUUAGAAGCUGUAAAUGUACUGUCAGGGGGAAAAAAAGAGGCAAAUAGAGCGAUAAACCUCCGGCUUGAGGCAAAAAGUUCUAAAGAUGUAAAAUUUCACAUGAAAGAACCAAAUGUAGGUGAUUCACAGAAAUGGGUGUGUGUGUGUGUGUGUGUGAAUACUUAUGCAAUCAAAACCUUUUUAAGUUUUUGGUCCAGUCCAUACGACUUUAGACUAAAAUCUAUCGUGUCCCGUUACCUAAAACCUCCUUUUUAAAAUCAUGAUCAAUUUAUUUCCAUUCAUAAUACCUAUAUAAUAAACAUUUGGAACACGCCUGUAAUAUAUCACAAUACUGGAUGGAAAAAGAAAAUAAUAAACACCGGUCCAACUGGUAGAACAAAACCAGUGACUUAAUUACUGCCACUAAUCCUCAUCAUUAACCUAUCUUAAAAUAUUUCUGUUUUAUGAGAAUAAACAACGGCUUGGCAUUUUGAAAAUUGCCUCCAUUUAAAGGCACUUAUUGAUUUAAUCACCAUAACAAGGAAACUGGAAAAUUACUAACGAGCUGGCGACCCAAACGUUCUACCAGUUGGACCAGUUCAUCCUGUGAGGAAGCGUUUAUUUUUAGCUAUUCACACCAUGCUGGGUUUUGUUUAUUGUUUUAUGCAGUGAAAGUUGGAAUCGGUGAAUAACUUUACGUAAAUAAUCUAUUUUCAGUUUCACCGUCCCGUAUAUAUAUUUUUGUUUUGUUUUUUAAGGUAUGAUCGCUGUUUUAAUGCUUCUCCUGACGUUUGUUUUUGUUUUGUUUUUUUAAAAAAAAAAGGAAAAAUAAUGUUUUAAAUGUCGUUAUUACUAUUGUUGAUGUCUCUCAGACUUUCCGGAAAACGCUUCCCCCCUGCCUUAAGUUAGACUUCCUGUUCGGAGCCGAACAAGGUACUUUCCACGGUUUGGAGUGCUGAAAGCUAAACAGUUACAAACACACGCUCUUCCUUGAAGGGAAUGGGAAUGUUCAAAAAGAAAAGUUUCCCGGAUUCGUUAAGAUAUCUACCCAGAACCUUCAACAGACCGAUACCGAUCUCUACUUUUCCUUGUCGAUGCCAUGCUAACGUUUGUGUCUUUAGUAUCUUUUGACUGUAAAGGUGCUUGUGGUUUCAUUCUAAUUAGCUUUUAUAGCUUAUAAAAAAAUUUUUUGACACCCUGAAGCUGUGUAAACGAUUUUAACGACAAGGAAUAGUGUGAAGUUCGGUACCUUUUUUUUUUUUUUUUUUUUUUUUCUGAAAGUGUGCGCCCUCUGCUGUCCAGAAGCGGUAUGCCUACAGUAUGUGAGGCCUGAAAAUGCACUUUUUAUUUUCUUUCUUUUAUUUAAAAAAGACCUAUAUAGUUAAAUAUAUAUAAAUACAUAUAUUUGGCCAGUGUCGGUAAAAGUUUAUUGGAAAAUGUGAGCAGUGAUCCAUCUAGCCUCGCUUUUUUUUUUUUUUCUCGUCCCUGUCAUUUUAGUGUAAAUAGCGUGGGUUUGCGUUUACGUUUGUGAUUCUUUGACUUCUCGAACCUUCCCUCCACCUCACAGCGCGUGACCGUGCCAGAGACUCGAAAGUUAGAACUGCCAUUUUAACAGUUACUGUUUGUUUUUGUUUGUUUGUUUGUUUGAAGUUGAGAGACAUUUUUAAAGAAAUCAGUAAGGAGAGAAGCUGAGGAAUGAAAGAAAGAGAGAGCGGAUUCUAUCGUUAGCUGGCGUAUUAAACAAACAUGCUGGAAUCGUGUAUAUAUAUUAACACAAAAAGGAACGGAUACCGUUUGUAUCUUUUACCUGUAAAAUCAGAUUUUAGGGAAGAAAACCUUUUAAAAAAAAAAAAACUUAUUUGGAAAAACAAAACUACUGUUCAGAACCAGCUGUUGAUGUAAAUAUAGAUUAUAGACUUUAUUUUGUUUAUAAAAGUGUAUAAGUUAAAGGUGUACAUUUUUUCCCCCCUGUAUGUUUUUUUUUUGGUUUGUUUUGAGGUUUUAAUAAAAAAUAAUAAUAAUAAUAAUAAU